AUGUCAAAAAGACUUUUCCCCAAACUAAGCAGCCCUGCCACGGCGAGCUUAGCUUUCACCACAGAUCGUGGCCCAACCUAUAUGGAUCGGGGAGCCACCUUGCGACAAUUUGCUAAGACGAGGGUGAAUCUUAGCAGUGGUUUACUCUUAGCUAAUCUUCCGACUCCGGAAAGUCGGAGUGUUGGAUGUGUCGAACUCUUUUCAGCUUCGGAGAUCCUGUUGGAGGACGAACCUCCGCUGUGCAUCGUAGUUCGACGCCCAGAGUCACCUUCACGCCACUAUGAGGCGGAAAACCGUUGUUGA